AUGGUCCCUUGCGUACCCUCCGACCUUCCGCAAACUCUAUUGGAACCUCUUCUAAUACGGUACGCAACGCUCAAUGGCUUCAAAUGCCGGUGGAACACCACGUUCCUUUCGUUGCAACGAGAUUCGACCGACUCUGGACCCACCACUACAACGGUGCAAGACGACCUGACAGGCCAGACUUACCAAAUUCGUUCGAAAUUUCUCUUCGGAGCGGAUGGCGCGAGAAGUCGUGUGGUUGAGCAAAUCGAUCUUCCUCUCCGCGUCAAGCCGGGGCAAGGCCUUGCCCUUAACGUACUCGUCAAGGCAGAUCUCACACGUCUGGUUGAAAAUCGGAAAGGCAAUCUGCAUUGGAUCAUGCAGCCGGGCCACGACAACCCCGACUUUGGCUGGAUAGGCAUCGUGCGUAUGGUUAAACCAUGGCAUGAAUGGAUGUUCAUCAUGUUCCCAAAGGCUGGGAUGGAACUGAAGGUCAGGCCUUCCAACGAGGAGCUCUUGCAACGGGUGAAGGAGUUCAUCGGUGAUGACUCGAUACCUGCCGAAAUCCUGGGUGUAUCCCGGUGGUACAUCAACGAGACAGUGGCAGAGCAAUACUCUCGAGGCAACGUGUAUGUUCAUGGAUCCCUGGUGAGGAAAAUCCAAGCUAAUGGAAACUAA